AAAAAAACUGAAUUUGAUGAUUAUGAUAACGAAAAUGAAUUGAAAAAACCAAGUGAUAAAAAAAGCAAGAAAAGCAAACGUGGUGGCGGCGGAUCUGAAGACGAAGAUUUCUCCUCCAAUAAGUUUAUGAAAUCAAACACGAAACCGGAAAUUGAUGACUUGGAGAGUAUAACAUCAACAAACAGCAAAACCAGCUCGAUUAAAACGUCUAAGAAAGGGAAGAAAGGUAAAAAAAGUAAAGAUGAUGAGUGGAGCGACGAGGAGAAGUCAACUGUAAACAAAAAGAGAAACAAUCUAAGACAAGCAGCCAGUGAUCAGGACGAUGAGGAAGAAAUUUUAGCUCCCGUAAAGAAAGUUAAUAAAAAAUCCGGAAAAAAAAUUAAAAAAGAUGACUGGAGUGAUGAAGAUGAGGAGGAAGGUGAAGAUGAGGGGCCACAACAGCAGAGAAAAGCGAAGAAAAACGCGCGACGAAAUAUGAGUGACGAUGAUGAUGAUGUCGCAAAAAAUGAUGAGGAUGAACAAUCUAUCACAACCAAGCCAGUGGCGAAAAAACAGCAACAAAAAAAAUCGAAAAGAAAUAAAAAGAAAGAUAAUUUCAGUGAAGAUGAGGACGAUGUUGGAGAUAUUUUAAAAAAAGUACAAGAAGAUGGCCGCCAAGACAAUGACGAGGACGAUGGCGAGGAGGAAGACGAAGAAAUGCCUAUUAUUACUCAGCUAGCUGCCAAGAAACAACAAAAGAAAAUGCAGCAACAACAAAAAAAGAGCAAAUUUGAAUUCAGCGAUCAUGAAGAAGAAGACGAAGAAGCUGAAAUCCUUGAACAAGAAUUAGCUAACUUGGAAAUAGAAGAAAAACUAGCGUUAGACGAGAGCGAUAAGAAUGAUUCAGUUUUAGAAAAUCAAUUAAAUGAAGAUAAUGAGAGAAAGUUGAUAUCGGAAAAAUCGGAGGAUGAAAACGAAAAACCAGCGGCUGAAACAGAAGAAGACAAGUUGAAGGAAAAGAAGCUCACGCAUAAAGAAAAGAAAAAACAAAAGAAACAGCAGGAGUAUGAAAAACAAAUGGAAUUGUUAACUAAAAAAGGCGGCUCUGGGCAUUCUGAGCUAGACAGCAAUUUUACUAUGUCUCAAGUGCAGAAAAGUGCAGGCCAAAAAGCCCAACUUGAGCACGCUGUGGAUAUUAAAAUUGAGAAUUUUACCAUAUCAGCAAAAGGUAAUGAUCUGUUUGUUAAUGCCAAUUUACUAAUCGCUCAUGGCCGCCGUUAUGGUCUGGUGGGUCCGAAUGGACAUGGAAAAACCACUUUGUUGCGUCAUAUAGCCAUGCGUGCCUUCGCAAUACCGCCCAGCAUAGACGUUUUGUUAUGCGAGCAAGAAGUUGUAGCAACAGAUAAAACUGCUGUGGAAACCAUUUUAGAGGCCGAUGUUAAACGACUUGACUUAUUAAAUAAAUGUCAAAAGUUGGAAGAACAAUUUGCGUCCGGAGAUAUGAGCAUCCAAGAGGAAUUGAAUGAUACUUUUAAUGAAUUAAAAGCAAUUGGCGCUUACUCAGCUGAAGCCAGAGCACGUCGUAUCCUUGCAGGUUUAGGUUUUAAUGAAGAAAUGCAAAAUCGGGCCACUAACAAGUUUUCCGGCGGUUGGCGAAUGCGCGUUUCUCUAGCAAGAGCUUUGUAUCUUGAGCCCACUCUCUUAAUGCUGGAUGAGCCAACUAAUCACUUAGAUUUGAAUGCUGUUAUUUGGUUGGACAAUUAUCUGCAAGGUUGGAAAAAGACUUUACUUAUAGUUUCUCAUGACCAAAGUUUCUUAGAUAAUGUUUGUAAUGAAAUUAUACACCUGGAUCAAAAGAAAUUGCAUUACUAUAAAGGCAACUAUUCCAUGUUUAAGAAAAUGUACGUACAAAAGCGUCGUGAAAUGAUCAAAGAAUACGAAAAGCAAGAGAAACGAAUCAAGGAACUUAAGGCUCACGGUCAGUCAAAGAAGCAAGCAGAGAAAAAGCAAAAAGAAACUUUAACUCGCAAACAGGAGAAAAACAAAUCGAAGCAGCAGCGCCAACAAGAAGAUGAAGAGGGCCCCGUCGAAUUACUGGAAAAGCCCAAGGAAUAUAUUGUCAAAUUUCGGUUCCCUGAACCCUCACAGUUGCAACCUCCCAUAUUGGGGUUGCAUACUGCAACUUUCGCAUUUGAAGGCCAAAGACCCUUGUUUGUGAACGUAGAUUUUGGCAUUGAUCUAUCGAGUCGGGUGGCUAUUGUGGGUCCCAAUGGUGUUGGAAAAUCAACGUUCUUGAAACUUUUGUUGGGUGAAUUGGAUCCGCAAAAAGGAGAAGUUCGAAAAAAUCAUCGAUUGCGGAUUGGUCGUUUCGAUCAGCAUUCUGGGGAGCAUUUAACUGCUGAAGAAUCGGCGGCUGAAUAUUUGCAGCGUCUAUUUAACUUACCGCAUGAAAAAGCGCGUAAAGCUCUAGGUUCUUUUGGCUUGGUAAGCCAUGCGCAUACCAUUAAAAUGAAAGAUUUAUCCGGUGGUCAAAAGGCCCGCGUAGCUCUAGCUGAAUUGUGCUUGAGUGCUCCUGACGUUCUUAUACUUGACGAACCUACGAAUAAUUUGGAUAUCGAAUCUAUCGACGCUCUUGGUGAGGCCAUCAACGAAUACGAGGGCGGUGUGGUAAUAGUAUCGCACGAUGAACGUCUUAUACGUGAAACAGGUUGUGCUUUAUAUGUGAUAGAAGAGCAGACGAUAAAUGAAAUUGACGGAGAUUUUGAUGAUUACCGCAAAGAGGUACUAGAUGCUCUUGGCGAAGUUGUCAAUAAUCCCAGUGUUGUUGCUAAUGCUGCAGUGCAGUAAUGUGUUCCGUUUCUAAACAUAGAGUCCGCUAAUGUAUGUGUGUGUAAAUGUGAAUAGUCAAAUUUUUUUUCUCGCUCAUUUCGUAGUUAAUGUUAAAAAAUAUAGAAAAUCCUAAAAGGCACACAUAGUCGUAUUAACACAGGCAAAAUAAUUUGGUGCGCUCACCGACAUUAGCUUUUUUAAAGCUUGUCAUGUAUAUCAAUUAUGUUUUAUUUCAAAUUAUGUAAUUAUAGACAUUGUUAA